AUGGUUCUCGAGGUUCAACGUUACCCUAGUGGCUACCAACAGAACAACUAUCCAACACACCAAGGGCCUGAUGGCUACUUCAGCAACUUCCAAGGGAUGACUGCAACCCAGACAACUCCAUACCCGACUUAUCCUCAAGUUUCAACUUACCCAUCAAGCCAUGUUUCACAAUACCAAUCUAGUUGGUCUGCUGGUGAUGAAUACCAGCAUGGCAAUGGACCCAGCCAUCCAGUCAAGCCCAGUGCUGGUGGAUAUGGAGGAAAUUCACAUGGCUAUGGAAAGUCACACGGAUAUGAAAACUCAUUCAGCCAUGGAAGCCAACAAGCUCAUGGAAGCCCACACGGUCAUGGCCAUGGGAGUCCAAAUGGUCUUGGUAAAUCACAUGGAUAUGAAAACUCAUUCAGCCAUGGAAGCCAACAAGGCCAUGGAAGCCCAAAUGGUCAUGGCCUAGGGAGUCCACAUGGUCUUGGUAAACCACACGGCUAUGGAGAUUCACAGAGCCAUGGAAAUUCACAUGGUUUUGGAAAUUCAAAUGGACAUGGAGGUGGUGUUAUGAACCAUUUUGAAAAGCUGACACAUGGGCACGGCUAUGGAGCUCCUGGCCCAAACUACGGUCACGCUCCGAGUGGCAUGAAUCAUGGGUACCAGAAGCCGUCUUGGACUAUGAAGGGACUUGAAGAUGAUGAAUGA